GGCUUGACUGUUGGGAUCCAUGGAUAAAUCCGAACAAAAGCAAUUAUUAUAAGUAAAAUGCUCCCUCUAUUUCUACGUCCAUCGACUCGUAGGCUGUAAGAAAAGCUCAUCAAACUGUUGCAGAAUUCAGAAAUGGCGUAUCAGGACCACCAACACCUCACUCAAGAUAUGCCCCUCCACCACUAUCCCGAUGAUCAUCAUCUUCAGCCGCCCGCCGCCGCCGUCUUCCGCCAUCACUCCCCCGAAGACUCACCCACAAAACGAUCACCAUCCACCUGGCUGAGCAGCUCUAUCCUCCACCCUCAGUCACACCAGUGGCUUUCCACCCAAAGUCAAUCCAGUCCGCCGACCACAUCGGACGCCGGCCCUGAAAACGAUAUCACCACCAAUGUCUGCGGAGGUGAUAAUAAUUGGGAGAGAGAAAAGUGCAAGGCGGAUAUUCUGGGACAUCCUCUGUAUGAACAGCUUCUGUCGACCCACGUGGCGUGCCUGCGAAUAGCGACACCGGUGGACCAGCUGCCCAGGAUCGACGCCCAGUUGGCUCAGUCGCAACAGGUUAUGGCUAAGUACUCUGUUCUUGGACAAGGUCAACAGCCCCUCGAUGACAAGGACCUCGAUCAGUUCAUGACACAUUAUGUUCUGUUGCUCUCUUCCUUUAAAGAACAACUCCAACAACAUGUGCGGGUUCAUGCAAUGGAAGCAGUUAUGGCUUGUUGGGAGCUUGAACAGUCAUUGCAAAGCUUAACAGGGGUAGCGCCAGUCGAAGGUACAGGUGUGACCAUGUCUGAUGAUGACGAUGAUCACGCAGACAGCGAAACUAACUUAUUCGAUGAAAGUCUAGAUGGACAUGAAAGCAUGGGAUUUGGUCCUCUAGUACCCACUGAAAGCGAGAGGUCCUUAAUGGAGCGUGUGAGACAAGAAUUGAAAAGCGAGCUUAAACAGGGUUACAAGGAGAAGCUUGUGGACAUAAGGGAUGAAAUUUUACGCAAACGAAGAGCCGGAAAACUGCCUGGAGACACAACAUCCGUCUUAAAAUCUUGGUGGGAAUUGCAUUCCAAGUGGCCUUAUCCAACAGAGGAAGAUAAGGCAAGAUUGGUGCAGGAAACCGGCUUGCAACUAAAACAGAUUAACAAUUGGUUCAUCAACCAACGUAAAAGAAAUUGGCACAGCAAUCCUUCGUCCUCAUCCUCUCAGAAAAGCAAAAGAAAGAGUAGUGCAGGUGAUAAAGCAAGCAAUGAGCGCGUCAUCUGAGCACAAAAUUCAGAUCGAAGAAUAGUGAGGUUUUGUCCUUUAUGUUCAUACCCAGUGGCCGGGCCUGCAUGGAUUUCGUAGGUGGAGCUGAAAUGGAAGGUUGCAGUAGCUGUUUUGAGGUAUUUUCUGUUGGUUAGGCUAAGCAAGUAGCAACACAUGGUUGAUCAUUUGGUGUAUAGGCCAAAUGGUGUACAAAUGGGAAUCUGCCCAUAUUUGUGGUAUAUUUGCAGUUAUAAUAUAUUUUUGUGUGUAAAAAUGACUCUAGAUUGGCUAUUAUGUGUCUGACGUAGGUAAAAUGCUGAACUUUCGCCA